GUCUGCCUUCUGGUAUGAAUUGAACGGUGACUGAUCACGAAUCCCAUGGUCUUUCGUACUCUAAAGUCAGUCGGAUGGGAAUCCCCUGAAUGGCGAACAAGGGCCGCGAGCAAUGUCUAGUUAGACACAGGAGAAGGGAACGUGGCAAGUCAGUUCUCGAGGUGGACAAGGAUGCAUUGGGUCAAGUAAUGGCUAUUUCAAAGAAGCUGUACGUGAUUAGCAUCAUUGGGCCGACACGAUCAGGAAAAUCCUACUUGUUGGACAGGCUCUUCACUGGAAAGAAUCCAGGCUUUAAAGUUGGUCACAAGAUCGAACCAAAGACACAAGGAAUAUGGAUGCUUAUACUCGACCAUCCGGAAAAGGAAGAUUACCAACUGUUAAUCCUAGACAUAGAGGGUUAUGGUAAAUCGUGUGCGGUUGACACCUACAUGGAAGAAAUGAUACAAGCCAUUGCAUUCGGCGUGUCAUCGACCAUCAUCGCAAAUGAGCAGCGAAUAAUUGGGGAAUCUGAAGUAGAAAAACUAGCACUGUUCACGGAGAUUGCAAAGCACAUUGUCCCAAACGAACGAAGCGAUGAAUCCGAUGGACCGCUUCUUGUCUAUGUCGUCCACAACUUCACCCUAAAAAGAGAAUGCUCUGAUGACGAUUACCUUCGUAACACGUUAAAGGUAGACAACAAGGAAGACAUGAAUUCUAAGCGGGCUGCUGUCCGGCUCGCUAUCGACGGGUUCUUUUCAAACAGGAAGACUUUCCUGUUGCAUUCGCCUGUGAGAGACUGUAGGAAUCUAGAGAAGUUGACUGAUUUGAACGACGAAGAGCUGAGCAGUAGCUUUAAACAAAAGAUCAGCGACAUAAGAGACCUGUUGAUGACGCUUUCGUCGCCUUUGUCAAUUACAGCCCAAGAAUGGUGCACCCUCCUUAAGAGAUGUGUCGAAAAAGCCAACUCUAGGACCAUUCCUGAAUCCACCAGUCCAUAUGAGGUGUUACGGGCUGACUUUGCCAAGGGUGCGAAGAGGGCUAGACACGAUCCAGUCGCAUGGUCCGAGCAUCAAGGAAACAACGAUGCAAUGCAGGAAAUCACAGGAAACGCCAACAAUAGAAAUGAAGCAGAAGUCCAACAAAUAGUUGAAUAUUUACAACGUGAAUUGCGACGAUUAGGCCCGGAGCAAUUCGCAGCCACGUCGUUCAGUCGCAAUUGGUUUGCUACUGCUGUGUUUGGCGAAAGUGGAGGACGGAUGUCGUUUUCGGAUGAAUCGGUUACACUAGACGUCGCUCGAGGGGCAGUUGAGACUCACAGCGUCAUCUACUGUCAAAGAGCAACUUUCAGCGGGCUGAGACAACGUGAUGCGGUCUUCUACUCCAUUCCACUUAGCUGUGGUCCCGAGGACAUCGUGCUAAGUCGGCCGGUUCAGCUAAAGUUUAGGCACUUCGCCGACAUUGGGGACAUUAGACAGGUGGAGCUACUGGUAGUGUACACGCGGAGUGGUGCGGAGUCAUCAUUCCGCCAUGACGGGACGGCCCAGGUUGAAAUCGAGGAUAAAUGGGCGAUUGUUCGAAUGAUGAAGCUCUGUGACGUGGUCGUGGCAGCAAAAUUGCCAGAAUAAUUGGUAGUAGUUCCGCUAAUACUAAUCUGACUAAUGUCAACUCAUUUGACAAGGCCAUGCUAUAUAUUUCGACUGUGAUAGCAAUGUUCCAGUGAAUAGUUAAAGGGAACUAGAACCGCCGAGCGAUUUAUUCAACUUUUCGACUUUCACCGCCCGAGAAGGUCCAACUUCCAACUUCCUAUUCGAGUUCAGAUUUGUAGCUCCGCCCCCAGUGCCCGAGCAUGCGCAGUUCAAUUUGUUAUUAAUAUUAUUGAGAAUCAUGUGAGAAUCACGUGAGUCAUGCGAUCUUUCAUUCAUGAGUUUUCGUAGUAAAUUCCAUAGUAGUGACGUCACUCAAUGAUUGACAGCUAGGCGCCAUGUUUCAUUCAUGCCUCGUUCUGAUCACCCGAUACGCGGGAAAUGAAAACGAGGUCAUACGAACUGGCUUGGCGGUUUCAGUUCCCUUUAAUAUUACGUUGCACGUAAAAGAAAUAUUAUUUUCAAGUCCGAACUUUUGACUUAUAUUUGCUAUAAUAAUACCAUUUGUUGGUGUUAAUCUAUCUUUCUGCAUAACUACGUUUUUGGUAAUUGGAACUUUAAAUCUCGCGAUAAAACAAUGCUGUGAAUUUUAACUGCAUUAUCAAGAAAAUGUGUUCAUAUAAUUAUAUAAAAGGUGAUACACGUGUAUAUUAUUUUCCUAUUGCAACUUGGUAGAAGUAUUUAAAUCUCUGUCUGUGAUAAAACUAUGGCUGUGAAUGCAUUGUCCUGUAAUUGUGUUCAUAUAUAAAAGGUGAUACACAUGUAUACUAUUGUCUUACCAAAUCGGCCUAACAAUUAACUUAGGAGCCCCCUUGUACACACAUCGGGAGAGGACAACGUAAAAUUCUCCGGCGCACACUUUUGCCCAGCUGUCUCAGGACUCGACACAGCGGCCGUCCAUUGAAAUAUGUUUCUGUCGAUUGAAAAAAAACAACAACUACAUGUAUCACUAACUUCGGAUGUCUUCACUCUUUAAAAAAAAACCUGGUUGCCUGAAAAGUUUAGCACUCAUGGCACUGUAGGGAAGUUUUCAAGUUACGGAGAAGCUUAGGGCCUACUGCUCGUUAUUGGUUUCCAGUUUCUGUCUGAAGAUGGCGUGCAUGGAAUAACGUCAACAUCGUCAAUGUGGCUUCAUCUCUCGUGUCUGUACCAGUACCUAAGGACAUCCUAUCCCACUGCAACACACAUUAGAAUGACGGAAUAUCCUAAACCAAAACUCAUCAUAAAUCAUACUCGUACAACACAAGGGCUGCGCAUGUGUGGUCUAAUGUAAUACGUAAUAAGUGGUGGGAAAAUGUAAAAUAAAAGGAUAAAAAACAUUGAGGGCGGUGAACAACAUUGAAGAGAACCAUGGUUCUUAGUUUACUUGCUCUCAUGGAACGUCUAUUAGAAAUAGCAUCAGGGCAAUCGCGCUAAUCUACCAACAAAUUUCAGUGUUACCCAACAACAGACAAAUUUCUUCAUGAAUAUUUCAGCCACACCAAUACCGUUCACAUCACCAUUAGUAGUGAUCUUCCUCAGAUAACACCAAGAAAUAACAUUUGCAUCAAAUACGGUUUUUUUCUGGCAAAAUCGAUCAUUGCUGAAAAAGAAAACAAAGAGUGCUAAUAUGGCACUUAUCUGUAGGAUCAAAUGGGUGUUUGAAAAAAAAGUAAUUGAUGGUUUAGCCAUGACCGAUGACCACUGAUCAGGGGUGUAGGCAAGGGUCGUUAGGAGAUAUUGUCAGCCCUGUGACUGAUUUGUGUUUGGGAGACAAAGAAUGGUCGUUGCUUAAAGGACCAAUUGCAUUAUUAAAGACACAUACCAAGCCGUCGGCUGACGAUUCACCUUUCCACUUGUACUCUACAUUUGUAGUAGUUCCCAUCAUCCAAUGGUACACGAAAUCAAGUUCUGACGGAAUUGUUUUACUGUUCUGAUCUCAUUCCCGGCUGGAUCCAAUUGGUCCUUCAUCACAUACAGCGAUCAUCUUUGAAUUGUGUUGCCCGAUAUUAACAGCUCACUGCUAAAAGCUUGCAUGUAAUAUGGCCAUCCGUCACGUACAGCAAACACAUUUGUUAUGUUAUAUACUGUACUCACCUUUUUUUUUCAAUCUUUUCAUUCUUUUCACGUUGAUUAAAAAAAUGUAAAUC